AUGAGUGUCGUUGAUCUGUCUCUCCUCUCCCUCCUUUCUCUAGCCCUUGUCUCAAUUGUCAUAGCUCAAGAAAGAGCCGCUCAUGGGCUUGUCUACCAGAAUCCUGAGGCAUUUUCACCAUCAGCAUAUAACUUCUUUCAUCCCAAUGAAAAAAAGCCUGAUACCAAAGAACCUUGUGCAGCAUCAAAAUGUUCACCAAUGCCUUUAGCAGCACAGGUGGAAGCCACUGAAAUUCAUGAAAGCAAAGCCUCAACACCCGAAGGAGGUAGGAAACAAUUAGGAGCUGGUGGCAUAGCUGGCAUUAUCUUUGGUGUUGCUUUUGUUGUGCUUUUAGCCAUGGGGGUCUACCAUGUGAGCCUCACUCGCCCAACCAACAUGAAUAGAGCCAAAGCCAAUGCUGCUGUUCAACAAGAUGCUUGA